AUGACCACCGAUGUGGAAACCGAGCGAAAACUCCUAAUGAAUGGCUUACUCGAGGCUGCCUUAGAACGCUGUUGUAUAAACAAUGUGUUCCUCGAAUCACCACCGUCCUCUGCAGCUACGGAGUCUGCCAGACACGAACAAAAGGGCGUUCCUCGCUUCAGCGGUCGGACGGUGACUGACGAUCACGCUUCGGAGUUUUCCGUUCACAUUCUGACAGUAACUUCCGCUGCCAUAACCGGUGACCAUGACAAGUCGUCGAUCUGCAGGAGGGCGAGUGGCCCCGGCGUCCUUCCGUACGAAAUGCCGUCCACAACAACGGACAAUACGGAUGAGCGUGUGAAAGCGAUCCGGCGGACCGAAAGUGGUCGUUGGUCACUCGUCGUAUCCUCGCCGUGCCCUCGUCGUCGUCACGUCGUCAACAGUCGUAACGUGCGACGUGCCUGUUAA